CGUAGGGUCCACCCAAAAUUACAAGGAAGUUUCUUGUCACUCUCUCCCAUGGUCAAAAAGUUCAUCUACGCGUACCACCGACACAACCCGCACACGCCUCACAUGCACAUCACUUCACAUCUGUCAGUGGAAAUGCCUAAACCUAUACGCAUAUAAAAUCAUGCCAUCAUCACCAUCAUAAACCGGUUGAGGAAGUGAACGUACACCAAAAUUACAAGGAAGUUUCUCUCUCCCAUGUCCAAAAAAUUCAUCUACGCAAAUGCCUAAAUAUGCAUAUAAAAUCACACCCUCCAUCAUCACCAUCAUAGAAGGCAUAAACCGGUUGAGGAAGUGAACCUUGAACCUACCUCCGGCGUCACACAACAACAACUGACCCCGAAACUCACUCGGCUUUAAGCAUCCAAAAUUACAAAGAAGUUUCUCAGUCUCUCCCAUGUCCAAAAAGUUCAUCUACGCGUACAGUGCCACCGACGCAACCCACACACACACAUCACUUCACAUGCUUAAGUGCAAAUGCCUAAACCUCCACUUAUAUAAAAUCAUACACACCUGCCCUCAUCACCAUCAUAGAAGGCAUGAACCGACCUACCUCCGGCGUCACACAAAACAACUGACCCCGAAACUCACUCGUAAUCUCACCACGUUUCCUACUCUCCAGUCACAAAUUACACAUACAUCCGCCAAAAAACUCACAAUGGCCAAGAAGAACAACAACAAUGGCGUCGAGAACAAGAACAAGAACAACGACGGGGGUGAGAAGAAGAAGAAGGCGAUCGCCUCUAAGAUUGUCAAAUGGGUCAAAUCUUUUCAAGGCGCUGAGUCGGUGAAAUCUGAGGGCCAAGCGAACAAGCUGACGGUGGUCGGAAAAGUGGACCCCACAAAGCUGAGAGACGAGCUGGCCACCAAGACCAAGAAUAAGGUCGACCUCGUCUCUCCCCAGCCCGAAAAGGACAACAAAGUCAACAAAGACGACGCCAACGACACCAAGAAAAAGCAGCCUGAGAAAACAGACAACGACGAAAAAGCCAAAAAGGCUCCGUUGACGACGGCGGUUAUGAAGGUGGACUUUCAAUGCCAAAAAUGCAAGAAGCGGGCUAUGAAGAUUGCAUCAAGUACCCCAGGGUGCGAUUCGGUAAGCGUGGAUAUGGAGAAGGGUUACUUGAUAGUGACGGGUUCAAUGGACGUGUUGGAAUUGGUUAAGCGUUUGAGGGUCCGCCGCAUGGCUGCAACAAUUUUGUCAGUAAAGACGGAACUUGUGCCAAGGAAGAAAGUUGGAGGCGGCGGCGAUGACGACGACGGUAAUAACUACGAAGGCAACGGCGGUGGCGGUGGAGGUGGAGGUGGAGAUAAGAAGAAAAAAGAGGAAGAUGAGGGCAAUGGUGGUGGCAAAAUGAAGUAUCCAGCGGGUCAGUACGGGUUUGGACAAUUUUCAUAUCGAACGGUACAUCGUCAUGGAUAUGGUUACCAAAAUGGGGCACUCAAAAUGGGGGAAAAAAUGUUGUUAAUGUGCUGUGAGGUUUUUGGUUUACUAGUGAUGUACAACCACUUGGCCAAGGACAUCUACACUAAGAGCAUCCACAAUGUGGGUGUAUUUUCAGGGUGUAAAGCCACUUUUACAUUCCUUAUCUCUAAGGGAUGUAAAUAAGUUUUUUGCUCCAAUGGAAAACGAUGUAAUCCAAAGAUGCAUAUUCGAUUUGUUUGUGAUAAUUCAUUGUUGUGUUGUUUUUUU